GAGCUUAGUGGUGUACACUCAGAAGUAGGACUGGAAGCAACAGUCUAAGGACUCGAGGUAGCUUUGACCCUAAUCUCCUGAUAGAGAAGGCAAGUGGCUCAUUGUUAGGGAUGACCUUUGGAGUUGGCAUAUGUAGCAGGCACACUGAGUUACCAAUGAGACACACAGGCUGGUCUCUAUGGUCUCUGCAUUUUGUUUCUGUCCUACCCCAGAUGGAAUAGACAAGUAAUUUCUACUCUAUUCCUAAAGUAGCUGUCUGGAAAGGGUCUCGGAAGAUUAGGGAACCUUCAUGAGUGCCCCUGUGUUCUCAUUUUCUUAUUGACACCAUAGGCCUGGGACAGUCACCCCUAUGUGCUGUGCUGUGCUGUGUGAAUGGUGGAUGCAGCGAGGGAGAGGCACAUUUGCAGUAAAUGAUCUUAUGGUUGUAAUUUGGACUAUGUUCAGAUCUAGAAACCAUGCAGUAAUGUCGGGCCAGGGGAAGACAUGAAAUUAUACCUUUAUACCACAAAAAAUUAUCUUAAAAAUGAUGUACGACAGUAUAGAAAAGUUAUGACCAUGAAACUCUUACAAUAUCCGGUUAAAUCUUCAUGACCUUUCUAGGAGAGUCAGUGCAGAAAGGUCACCUGGUCCCGUGACUGUAGGGUGGGAAAGAACACUGUGCCUACACUGUAAGUGGUGAGCAGACCCUGCGCAUCACUGUUUUAGACCCAACUCAAAUGGUUUGUGAGAUGACUGUUUUCAGAAACAAUACGUGAUUAGAGGGUCAAAUAAACGCAUUGAAUGCGCUGUCAUCAUCCCUGACCCAUAAUUCAGCCCUAAGACCAAGCCCAACAUCAGCCCCUCCUGGAUUUGUGGGGAAGGUGGAAAUCCUAAAUUCUGAUCCCUUUGUUCCUAGGAAAGCAGAGCCCUGGCCAUUGUACCUGGGAUAACUUAGUCUGAGCAUCUUCAUGGAGGCAACAGCUUUCAGAGAUUCAGUUCUUCCUCUGCUGUCUUCCAUCCAGAUGUCUGUCUGAAAACCAGGCUCAGGAAGAAAGUCAUCCUGUCUUAGGAAGAGCACUAGAAAGAACAGAAACUGAUCUCACACAACCAAUGUUUCCGUUUCGACAGGGACAAUGGCUGUGUUAUUGUUUUAGUGUAACCCUACAGCAGGAUGGAGUCCCAAGGCUCAGUCCUGUCAGUCAAGACUCCUGCACUCUCAGAUCCAUGGAACCAUGCAGCAAUACAGGGUUGAUUUGACCCUGACCUGUCCUCUGUACCAUCAUGUGCCCUUUCGGGAGAGACCAGGUUUUCACUGACCUCUGGGAUUCCCUAUCUACCUCUUCUUGGCGACUCUCAUUGUAAAUCCCUCUUAGUUUCCGUCUUAAGAGAAACAAAUGACCAUAUGAUGGAUUUAGAGGAUCCUGAUAGACAGCUUCUUAAUUAUUCUGAAUUAAAAAUCCAAGAACAUUUUUUCAUAAUUCUUUCAAAACUAGGUUGCAAUAGAAGGCAUGAUCUUCUCAAGACACAAAUCAUAAAUAUUUUUGUAACCUGAAAACACAAAGUAGUUACUUUACCCAAUAUAGUUCAUUAAUGAUUGCUCUUUUGAGUAAAUCAUUAGCACUAAAUUUAACUUCCCUUAUACACAUAGAAUUCUUUGUGUCCAGUGAAGGAGACCGUGUGCUUCUCCUCAACCAGCUCUAUUAGAAGAGCAGAGAGUCUCAGCAACUGGAUUGUCUCAGACUGAGCUUCUCCCAUGGCUCCUGCAGAUUUCCCAGCCUCCCUUCCUGUGUGUGUGUGUCUGCUGCUGGCCUCUGGCUUUGCCCAGGCAGGCAGGCUGCUGGUGUUGUCCAUGGAUGGGAGCCACUGGUUCACCAUGCAAACGGUUAUGGAGAAGCUCAUCCACAGAGGACAUGAGGUGGUGGCAGUCAUGCCAGAGGUGAGUGGGCAACUGAGAGAAUCCCUGAAUUUUACAAUGAAGACAUACUCAACUUCUUACACUUUGGAGGAUCUGAACCAUAAGCACAAGAAAUACACUCACGCUCAAUGGAAGACUCCAGAACAAAGUAUGCUUUCUUUAAUGACAGGCUCAGCCAAAGUUUAUUAUGAAUUAAUAAUUUCCCACUGUAGAAGUUUGUUUAAUGACAAGAAGUUAGUGGAGUACUUGAAGCAGAGUUCUUUUGAUGCUGUGUUUCUGGAUCCUUUCGAGCUCUGUAGCUUAACUGUUGCCAAGUAUUUAUCGGUCCCUUCAGUGAUGUUUACAAGAUAUUUCUAUUGCCACUAUCUUGAAGAGGGCACCCAGUGUCCCAGUCCGCUGUCUUAUGUUCCUAGACUUUUCUCAAAACUUUCAGACACCAUGACUUUCAAGGAGAGAGUGUCGAACUUUGUUUUUUACAUGGAAGAGCGUGCAUUUUGCCAUCACUUGUUUAAAAGUGCUACAGAUAUUGCCUCUGAAGUUCUCCAGACCCCCGUGACUUUGGAAGACCUCUUCUCCCAGGCGUCUAUUUGGUUGUUACGCACCGACUUUGUGUUAGAUUUCCCCAAACCUGUGAUGCCAAACAUGGUGUUCGUUGGUGGGCUCAACUGCCAACAAGGAAAGCCGCUUUCCAAGGUACAUUGUCUGUCUUUAGCACAUGAAGAGGAGCCUGGUUUCAGGCAAUGA